AUGCCAUCGCGCCGGAGCCACACCAAGUCCCGCAAGGGCUGCCUUGAGUGCAAGAGAAGGCAUGUUAAGUGCGAUGAGGAGCUCCCCAAAUGCACUCUGUGCAAAAGGCGCAAACUAGAAUGCAGCUACCCACCUGAUCCCGACAAUCCAGACUCGCCCAGUACAAUGGACGGCUCCAAGGCUGGGGCACGCACCCCAGGGAGCGACCGGUCAAUGCCAACCCGCAUGGUGGAAAUGCGGCUUUGGCAUCAAUUCUUGACAUCGACUUAUCUCACCUUGUCCCGAGAUGGGCUAUCUGCAUACCAUCUCUCUAUAACUAUUCCUCAGAUGGCAAUCGCACAUCCUUACUUACUGGAAAGUAUCCUGGCAUUGACAGCGCUUCAUCUGGCCUCGGUUGAAACUGGUAACUGCCAGACCUGGUUAGAAGCAGCGAUGCGGUACCAAAGCCAGGCUUGCGCUGGGUUGAGUAAAGUCAUCCCAGAGAUCACACAAGACCAGUAUGGUCCUGCUUUUGUGGCAUCCGUAUUCAUCAUGCUAUACGCUCAAGGGUUCCCCGUGAUAUCUCCCGAUAGUUCCGCUGUGGAUGGUCUUGAGAAAGUGAUGGAAGUUCGGAGAUUGAUAUCAGGAUGUGCCAUGUUGUUUGAAAAGAUUACGGAGCUCGGCAUUGAGGGCGAGCUUGAGGGCUGGCUUUCCUCGCCUGAUACAGAAGAAAUUCUUGAAUCAAGACCACAAAAUGGAUAUGCACCGGUCGAGGACACUGAAAAGCUAUUCGAUUUACACAAAAAAAUCAUGAGCUCUCUCGAUCAACUGGGAUCAACUAUUGAAGCCGAUACGUCGCCAAACCGAACAAUGUUCAAGUCUACUUGGCAAUUUUUGCAUCAAGCGAUCGUACCUUGGCCGAAGAUUGGCGGGCAUGGUGGAGUUAUCGCAUGGCCACUUUUCAUCAGCGAUAGAUUUAUCUCAUUGGUACGAGGUGGCGACUGGCUAGCUCGUAUUCUAUUCUUGCAUUAUGCCAGCGCCAUGCGUCUCAUGUGUAAUAGAUGGUAUGUUCGAGAUUGGGGCCGGCGACUCGUCCUUGCAAUUAUACAACCACUGGAAGAGAUACCUGCCAUGUGGAUAGAUACUAUCUCCUGGAUGAAAGGGGAUACUGACACCAAACAGACGGCCCUACCUGUUAGGUAA